GAGUGCACGGCUCGGCACAAGCCCUAUAUAAGCAGGAUGGGUCUCCCAGAGCAGGCACCAGCAACCCUCCAGGACAACAGAGCUCACCGCUCCUCAGAACCAGAGCUACACCUCCUCGCAAACCUCCUCUCUAACCAUGAACAGCAAGCUCGUGGCUGUCCUCGCUCUCUUCCUGAUCUGCGCCACUCUGUCCCAAGGUAUGACCCUGGCACGGAUGGGGACCGAGCUCCGGUGCCAGUGCAUCGCCACCCACUCCAGGUUCAUCCCUCCUAAAUCCAUCCAGGAUGUGAAGCUGACGCAGAGCGGCCCUCACUGCAAGAAUGUUGAAGUCAUAGCUACUCUGAAGGAUGGCAAAGAGGUGUGCUUGGAGCCCACUGCUCCCUGGGUACAGCUGAUAAUCAAGGCAAUCCUGGCCAAGGCUCAGCUCAACUCUGACUCGCCGCUCUAAGGAACACCAGGACGGAGAAAAGCUGCGAACUGCUCCUCUGCUGAGAGAAGCCUUUGGGAACAGCACCCUUGAGGCAGCACAACGCCUUCCACCUCCCGCGCCAGUGUUACCAUGUGAAUUACGGACUGUUUGGUUUACAUAUUUAUUUAUUUAACUGUGUUUAUUUAAGCCAGCCUGUCAGAAGGGUCAGUGCUGCCUGUGGGACAGGCUGCUCACUGGCAUGGAGGAUGCUGCACGGAAAAGUGGCUUAGCUAAAGGAAAUGAAGAGCCCUUGGCAGCCACUUCAGCCGGAUGCAAGCAGUUGAGUGCAGUGCACUUACCCUAAGCCUGACUAUUUUGCUAUUCUACCGGCAAACCGGCCGUUCCCCCCGCUCCCCUGGAGUGCCCUGGUAUGUUGUGUCAACAGCCUUCUCCUGAACUGUGAGCUCUCCCUUUACGUACCCAGUCUACGGGAUCUGUAAGAGAGUAGGUCUGGUAUUUAUUUAUUGUGAUAUCUAUGGUAUUUAUAGACAUAUUUAUUGACUAGUUGCUAUAUGAGAGAGAGAGUGAUGAUAAUUUAUUUAAUUUCUACUGGAUUUUCCACUCCUGCUAUUAAUUUCUUAAGAAAUAGUCACCAUCACACUGCUCUGUACAAGGAUUUGCUGUAUGUCUAAUUGGCUAUUGAAUCAGCAUCGUAGAUACACAGGAUUUACUUGUGAGAGUGUAAUUAUUCCUAAGAACGCAUUAUUAAAUAUUUUCUAU